CUGCCUAAUUGCGUUGUCCCCCCACUCUCCCUUCUCUUUAUUACUAGUCCAGAGAACCCACCAACUGAACUGUCAUUCGAGAUGGAGGAAACACAGCCCGUGCCACGAGUAGGUGUAGUGCUGUUCGUGUUGAAGGGGAAAUCGGUCCUCCUGGGUCGCCGCCGCGCCUCUAUCGGUGAAUCCACCUUUGCUCUCCCCGGCGGCCACCUCGAGUUUGGUGAGAGCUUCGAAGAGUGCGGAGCCAGAGAGUUGAUGGAGGAGACGGGCUUGGAAAUGGGGAAAGCAGACUUCUUAACAGUGACCAAUAAAGUCUUCCUGGACAAAUCCAAACGCUGCCAUUACGUCAUCGUCUUUCUCCGUGCAGUGCUGGCGGACCCUAAUCAAGUUCCACAAAACCCGGAGCCAGACAAGUGCGACGGCUGGGAUUGGUAUGACUGGGAUAAUCUGCCCCAACCUUUGUUUUCGACGCUUGACGAAAUGGUACGAAGUGGCUUCAACCCCUUUCCCUCCACUUGACAGCUGCUGAAUGAAUACGUUUUCUUUUCUUAUAUAUUGCUUGCGUAUAAUUGAUCCAUGGGUUACUUUAAUUUCAUCAUGAUGUAUUCAGUGACCAAUGUUGUUUGUAAUAUGAACCUUAGAUGGUGAACUUUUAUGGUUUAUAUUAUGUAGCUAAGUGAUUUCAAGAGUCAAA